AUGGAGACAGCCACCACACUGGAGGCGGCCUCAUGCUCCCAGCGGCAGGUGGAAGCAGCUGCUGGCCCAGGGGAUGCUGAAGGAACACAGGUUUCACAUCUGCAGGACGCAGCCAGGCCCUCUCGGCAGCUCCUGCCCUGUAUUGAAGAGUACCCCAAGAUCUGGCUACCUCGGGCCCUGAGACAGACUUACAUCCGGAAGGUUGGGGACACAGUGAACCUACUAAUCCCAUUCCAGGGCAAACCCAAGCCUCAAACCACCUGGACUCACAAUGGCUCCGCCCUGGACAACAGUCGUGUGAGUGUGCGGAGCGGGGAGCAGGAUUCCAUUCUUUUCAUCAGAGAAGCCCAGCGUGCUGAUUCAGGAUGCUACCAACUCUGUGUGCAGCUUGGUGGGCUGCAGGCCACUGCUACCAUCAAUAUCCUGGUGAUUGAGAAGCCAGGCCCUCCUCAGAGUAUUAAGUUGGUGGAUGUUUGGGGCUCCAAUGCUACUCUGGAAUGGACACCUCCACAAGAUACGGGCAAUACAGCACUCCUGGGAUACACGGUGCAGAAGGCUGACAAGAAGUCUGGGCUGUGGUUCACGGUCCUGGAGCGUUACCACUGCACCAGCUGCGUAAUCUCCGACCUCAUCGUUGGCAACUCCUAUGCCUUUCGCGUCUUUGCGGAGAACCAGUGUGGGCUCAGUGAAACGGCUCCUGUUACAGCUGACCUUGCCCACAUCCAGAAAGCAGCUCCUGUUUACAAGACCAAAGGGUUUGCCCAGCGGGACCUCUCAGAAGCCCCCACGUUCACCCAGCCUCUGGCAGACUGCACCACCAUCACUGGCUAUGACACCCAACUCUUCUGCUCUGUGCGUGCCUCUCCCAAGCCCAAGAUCAUCUGGCUAAAGAACAAGAUGGAUCUCCAAGGCAACCCCAAGUACAGAGCCCUCAGUCAGCUGGGGAUCUGCUCCCUGGAGAUCCGCAAGCCUAGUCCCUUUGAUGGAGGCAUCUACACCUGCAAGGCCAUCAACGCCCUGGGGGAGGCGUCCGUGGACUGUCGGGUGGAUGUUAAAGGCUCCCAACCUAUGGGAUGA